UUUCUUAUUCAUUCUUGAUUUGGUCUCAAAUGUUUCCCUCCUUUGUUUUUCUCCUAACAAUUUGUCCUAGCGAACUUCCAACUUGCCUAAAUUUUGUAAAUUGCUGGUUCCUAAUUUUGCUUUCGUUGUGUGCGGGUAAUGGAAAUUGAAAACAACUGGGACGUUUGAAAAUUUUUUCAUGCAACAAUUUGUACAACUAGGGUUCCCAUUACGUUUACAGCAGCACAACCUAAAGCAAAUCUUCUUCUUUCUUCUUCCAUUUCGCUGCCCUCGUCUAAGAAUCUGACCCAGCACCGCUUCCGUCGAGGACGCCGCCGCCUUCUUCCGAUCAACCACGCCGUUGCCGGACUUUCCUCUGCCGCCACCACCAGAAUAGGCUUUGAUUAUCUUCAUCAAUGGCUGCCACAGAUGAGGGUCUAAAGAAGCUCGAAUAUUUAUCACUGGUCUCCAAGGUCUGCACUGAGCUUGAGAACCACUUAGGCUUUGGAGACAAGGUUCUGGCUGAGUUCAUAACUGAGAUGGGUCAAAACUGUGAUACCGUCGAUGAAUUCGAUGCCAAGUUGAAGGAAAAUGGAGCUGAAAUGCCGGAUUACUUUGUCCGUACUUUGUUAACUAUAAUCCACGCCAUCCUUCCCCCAAAGCCCAAGUCUGAGAAGGAUUUGAAGAUAGAUAAUGAUUCUGAUGGUAAUAAGACGAAGUAUGGAGCAUUGGCUAUAGCUGAUAAUAAGGAUAGAGCGAAAGAGCUUGAGAAGGAAAUUGAGGCGGAGGCUCGGAAGAGGCGUAGAGAAGAACGGGAUGAAGACCGAGAAGAAAACAGGUAUCGAGGUAGAGAUAGGGACAGAGACAGAGAAAGAGAUAGAGACAGAGAUAGGGACAGAAAUGGAGAAAGAAAUAGAGAUAGAGAUAGAGAUAGAGAUAGGGACAAGGACAGGGACAGAGAUAGGCGCGGAGAUAAAUAUGGCGGGGAAGCAAAGCGCAAGGAAAAGGACGAUUAUGCCGAUGAUGUUGAUAGAGGGAGGCAUAGAGAUCGAUAUGAAGUGAAUAGAAGAGGUGGAUAUGGUGAGAAUGGGGAUUUUACGGGACAUGAUGAUGAUCGGAGAGGUAGUAGGGACUCGAGGAAUGGGCGGUCCCAUUCCGAUGAGCCUGAACUGUAUAUGGUCUAUAAGGGCAGGGUGUCGAGAGUAAUGGACAGUGGGUUCUUUGUCCAAUUGAAUGACUUCAGGGGUAAGGAGGGUUUGGUCCACGUGUCACAGAUUGCAACCCGGCGAAUUACUAAUGCGAAAGAUGUUGUGAAGAGGGAUCAAGAGGUUUAUGUGAAGGUGAUUUCAGUGUCAGUUCAGAAGUUGAGCCUUUCAAUGAGGGAUGUUGAUCAGAAUACGGGGAGGGAUUUGCUUCCCAUGAAAAAGAGCUCAGAGGAUGAUGCUUUUCGGACAAAUCCAUCUGGGUCCAAGGAGGGGCCUGUGACUAGAACCGGAAUAUCUGGUAUUAGGAUUUUGGAAGAGGAUGAUCUUGGGUCUUCACGCCGACCCUUGAAGCGCAUGAGCUCUCCAGAGAAAUGGGAAGCUAAGCAGUUGGUAGCCUCUGGUGUUUUCAGCAUUAAUGAGCAUCCUAUGUACGAUGAAGAAGGAGAUGGAUUGCUGUAUCAGGAAGAGGGUGCAGAGGAAGAGCUUGAGAUCGAGCUAAAUGAUGAUGAACCGGCUUUUCUGAAUGGCCAGAGUAGGUAUUCAGUGGAUAUGUCACCUGUGAAAAUCUUUAAGAAUCCAGAAGGGUCAUUGAGUCGGGCAGCUGCACUUCAAUCUGCUCUCAUUAAGGAGCGUAGGGAAGUACGGGAGCAGCAGCAACGAACUAUGCUGGAUUCCAUUCCCAAGGAUCUCAAUCGUCCAUGGGAAGAUCCAAUGCCAGAGACGGGUGAGAGGCAUCUUGCACAAGAGCUUAGGGGUGUUGGUUUGUCGGCCUAUGACAUGCCUGAGUGGAAGAAGGAUGCUUUUGGGAAAACAAUCAGUUUUGGGCAGAGGUCAAAGCUCUCAAUUCAGGAACAAAGGCAGAGCUUGCCCAUAUACAAGCUGAAAAAAGAACUCGUUCAGGCAGUGCAUGAUAAUCAAGUUCUGGUCGUCAUUGGUGAGACUGGCUCCGGUAAAACUACCCAGGUCACACAAUAUCUUGCUGAAGCCGGUUACACUACAAAGGGCAAAAUCGGAUGCACUCAGCCCCGUAGAGUGGCUGCAAUGUCUGUGGCCAAGAGGGUUGCAGAAGAAUUUGGUUGUCGCUUGGGUGAGGAAGUUGGGUAUGCAAUUCGUUUCGAAGAUUGUACUAGUCCAGAUACGGUCAUCAAGUACAUGACUGAUGGUAUGCUUCUAAGGGAGAUUUUGAUUGAUGAGAAUCUUUCUCAGUACUCUGUGAUCAUGCUUGAUGAAGCUCAUGAGAGGACAAUCCAUACUGAUGUUCUCUUUGGACUGCUAAAGAAACUUGUGCAGCGGAGACCAGAUCUUCGUUUAAUUGUAACGUCUGCCACUCUGGAUGCGGAGAAGUUUUCAGGUUAUUUCUUUAACUGUAACAUCUUCACCAUCCCUGGUCGAACGUUUCCCGUGGAGAUCCUCUACACCAAACAACCAGAAAGUGAUUACCUAGAUGCUGCUCUAAUCACAGUCUUACAAAUCCACUUGACUGAACCUGAAGGUGAUGUCCUUCUUUUUUUAACUGGACAAGAGGAGAUCGACUUUGCCUGCCAAUCUCUAUAUGAGAGAAUGAAAGGCUUAGGUAAAAAUGUUCCGGAAUUGAUUAUCCUACCCGUCUAUAGUGCACUUCCUAGUGAAAUGCAAUCGAGGAUAUUUGACCCUGCUCCUCCCGGGAAGAGGAAAGUGGUUGUUGCUACUAACAUUGCUGAGGCAUCAUUGACCAUUGAUGGCAUAUUCUAUGUCAUUGACCCUGGAUUUGCGAAGCAAAAUGUGUAUAAUGCAAAGCAAGGUUUGGAUUCGCUGGUAAUAACUCCAAUUUCUCAAGCAUCAGCCAAGCAGCGAGCUGGCCGAGCUGGUCGUACAGGCCCUGGAAAAUGUUACCGCCUUUAUACUGAAAGUGCGUACCGUAAUGAGAUGUCUCCUACAUCAAUUCCUGAAAUUCAAAGAAUAAACCUUGGAUCGGUUACACUCUCUAUGAAAGCGAUGGGUAUAAACGAUCUCUUAUCUUUUGAUUUUAUGGACCCACCUGCACCCCAAGCUCUCAUUUCUGCCAUGGAGCAGCUCUACAGUUUAGGUGCACUGGAUGAAGAGGGGCUUCUGACCAAAUUGGGCAGGAAGAUGGCCGAGUUCCCUCUUGAACCACCAUUAUCUAAGAUGCUACUUGCUAGUGUGGACCUUGGAUGCAGUGAAGAGAUCUUGACUAUCAUUGCUAUGAUUCAGACAGGCAAUAUCUUUUACAGGCCUCGUGAAAAACAAGCCCAAGCAGAUCAGAAGAGGGCCAAGUUUUUCCAACCAGAGGGAGACCAUCUGACUUUACUUGCUGUCUACGAGGCCUGGAAAGCUAAAAACUUUUCCGGGCCAUGGUGUUUUGAGAAUUUUGUCCAGUCUCGAUCCUUGAGGAGAGCACAGGAUGUCAGAAAACAGCUUCUCAGCAUCAUGGAUAAGUAUAAAUUGGACGUUGUGAGUGCAGGAAAGAAUUUUACGAAGAUCAGAAAGGCAAUAACAGCAGGAUUUUUCUUCCACGGGGCUAGAAAAGACCCGCAGGAGGGUUACAGAACUCUGGUUGAGAAUCAGCCAGUCUACAUCCACCCAAGCAGCGCUCUUUUCCAACGACAACCAGACUGGGUCAUUUACCAUGAGCUUGUUAUGACUACAAAAGAGUAUAUGCGAGAGGUCACCGUUGUAGACCCAAAAUGGCUUGUUGAAUUGGCGCCGAGAUUCUUCAAAGUGGCGGAUCCUACAAAGAUGAGUAAGCGCAAGCGUCAAGAGCGUAUUGAGCCGCUCUAUGAUCGAUACCAUGAACCUAACUCUUGGCGUUUGAGUAAGAGACGUGCUUGAUUUGUGUCCAUUACCUUGUUUCUUUCUUUCUCAUCAUGUGUUUCACCACUUCAGUGCCAUCUAAACACACUGAAUGUACAAGAGUUGAGGCAGGCUUGAAAUUGUAGAAAUAGUAAAGUUGGUAUGCGCAGACUGGCUUAAAAUAUGCUACACCUGCCAACUGUUUUAGAUGGCAUUUUCAUUUUUGUUUCUUGUUGUAAAUGUCAAUAAACUACAAAUUUCAUGAGGUUAGUUUAGUACUUGUUAGUGUUGAUACUUGAGGAACCCCUGACUCGCAUAAUAUGUUUUCCCAAAUGGUUGACUCAAUUUUGUCUUUGUUGAGCCUUGGAUUGAAGGUCUCUGUCCAAGUGUGGCGUUUUUGGUUAUA